AAACUGACAUUGAUAAAUGACAACAGCAAACAGCAACAGAAGAAAUCCCAGUUUUCAUUGAACUUUUACUGAAAAUGUACGAUCCAAUCAAAUAAUUUUCACAAAAAUCCUUGUAUGUAAGUAAAACCAAAUGCAAUCACAUAAUUCUAAAAUUUAAAGAAAUUAAUUCAAAUUAACUAAUUUAAAUUAUGGCCCCCAUGCGCGUGUUGCCGAUUGUACUAGGCGUCAUCCUGCGCCCUUUUGACCUAAGCCCUCCAACGAGUGACAAAAGGUUCUAACCUUACAGUUAAUAUACACAAACUAUUCUCCUCACAUUUUCAAAUGAACCCUCUGUGACAUGUUACUGCCGAAAGCUCCCCCGAUAUGGGGUGCCUUAAACGGGCUGAUUUGUGUUUAUAAACCUGCGGAAAUGUCGGUGCGUAAAUUGAGGAACAUUCUUAUAUCGAAAAUAAGCAAAGAGAUGAAUGAGCUGGAAGUGCGGCCCCCCGCUGGGUAUGUGGCAAUAGAAGGCAAACCCACAGAAAAGCUGACUGUUUCAGUACGGCCCAACUUUGCAGAUCAUCCACUGGUUGUGGGGCCUCGAUAUCAAGAGCGAGACUUGGCAGUCAGUUGGUCGAACCAUCUGGGCUACUAUACAAGUGGAGUCCUAUUAUUUGGAAUCAAAUCUGGAACAAGGGAGGCAAAAUUCAUCAGGGAAAACCUGCCCACACGUGCCUAUAGAGUGAAAGGUGUGCUUGGCCUAAUGACUGAUAACUGUUUUAGAACAGGAAAAGUAAUGAUGAAAUCCACAUGGAAGCAUGUGCGUAGGCAUAACGUGGAUGGGUUCCUAAGUGCAAUGCAAGCGUCACACCAAAGAAAAAUGUUUGAGCUGUGUGGGGUAGAUAUGGAGUCACAAGCAGCCUAUGAUCUAGCUAAGCAAGGAUUAAUUCGACCGGCAAACGCGAAAAUUCCCAUCAUUUACGGCAUAAAAUGUGUGGAGUUCGAAGGCCCCCACUUCACUUUAGAAAUCCAAUGCGUCAAUGAGUACGAGGACUACAUGACGCACAUUAUCAAUGAAAUAGGCCUAAAGUUGCGUUCUGUCGCUCAUUGCACGGACAUUCAAUGCAUAAGGCACAGCAGAUUUACACUGAAAGAUGCACUUCUAAUAAAACACUGGACUUUGGCGGGAAUUUUGGACAACAUGAAAAUGUGUGCCGAUGUUAUAAAAGAAAGUGGCGAUCUGGUUCACCAAAAAAGCGCAACUCUAGUAUAGACUUGAUGUGAUUGAAAUGGCCAAAUGGACUGAAUCCCCAUAUUCAAAGGCUUGGAAGAAGCGUAUUAUAUGUGAAUGACUUGCAACUGACAAUAAAUGAACAUUUUUUUA